AUGGUCAGUGAUCGGUUAAGCAAAGUACACAAGGCAAUCGCCAAGAAGAAGGGCAGCAAUCCGAACUUGCACGAGGGCAGCCGAGACACAAAGCGCCUUCAGCGCGCGAGUGCACGCGAUGACAAACUGAACCGUCUGUCGAAAUUGAGAGAGAAAGAGAAUAGGCAUUACUUGAACAGAGUAAAAACCUUUCAGUCAUACACCGCAGAGCACAUUUCACCUCUAAACGUCAAGGAACUCCAAGCCGUGAUUGAGGAUUACCUGGGCCGCGAUGAUGAGGAAAUCGCCAAGCUGAAGGCAGAGCGCCGUACAGGAAGACCACCAAGCACCCGCCAAACUCUUCUGGAGCAAGCCCGGGCCACCGAACAGGACGAGUACGCCGCCGGAUUCUGGAUCCCUGAUCUCGAAGAUGCAGCUGUUCUCGACAAGCUCAAGCAGUGGGACGGGAAAUGGGCCAGUCUUGCUACUCUCAAGUUCGCAAGGAUCUCAAAAGAAGGACACAAGAAGGUGUCAAGUUUCCCGCCCAAAGGAAUGUCGUGA